UAUGACCAAGAGGGAGGGGGACGUCGUACAGAGACACAGCCAAUCAGAGGUUAGCCUGUUAGAUUUAUGCCAAGGUUUUUUAGGCUUGUAAUACUUCAGUGGAAGUGAAAAAAAACCAGUUUUAAAAAAUCCAAAAUGCCCUAUACACCGUCUGGCUUUUUCUGCGACCGGUUGAUCCGGGAGAGAGAGAGAAGAGACGGAGAAGGUUCCCUCAGCAAGCCCCUACGCUUCAGCGGACAGGACUUUGCCACGCUGAAACAGGAGUGCCUCACCAAGAAGUGCCUGUUUGAGGAUGACACCUUCCCUGCCUCCGUGGAGUCUCUGGGGUACAAGGAGCUGGGACACAAGUCCAACAAGGUCAAGAACAUCGUCUGGAAGAGACCCAAGGAGAUCUGCGAAAACCCUCAGUUCAUUGUGGGCGGAGCCAGCAGGACAGACAUUUGCCAGGGAGACCUUGGUGACUGCUGGCUGCUGGCUGCUAUAGCCUGUCUGACCCUGAAUGAGAAGCUUCUCUACCGUGUCGUUCCUCAGGAACAGAGCUACUCCGAGGGAUAUGGAGGAAUCUUCCACUUCCAGUUCUGGCGCUAUGGCGACUGGGUUGACGUUGUCAUUGACGACCGCAUCCCCACCUUCAACAACCAGCUGGUGUUCACCAAGUCUGCUGAGAGGAAUGAGUUCUGGAGCGCCCUGCUGGAGAAGGCCUACGCCAAGCUGCACGGUUCCUAUGAGGCCCUGAAGGGCGGCAACACCACGGAGGCCAUGGAAGAUUUCACCGGGGGAGUGACAGAGUUCUAUGAGAUGAAGGAGGCGCCCAAGGAGCUGUACAAGAUCAUGAAGAAGGCCCUGGAGAGAGGCUCUAUGAUGGGCUGCUCUAUCGACUCCCUGGUUCCAGCUCGCUUCGAGACCCGUACCGUGACUGGCCUGGUGAAGGGCCACGCCUACUCUGUGACUGCCGUUGAGGAGUGUAAGCAGUCCCAUCACAAGGAGUCUAAGGUGCGUCUGGUGCGCCUCAGGAACCCCUGGGGACAGGUGGAGUGGAACGGGCCCUGGAGCGACAACUCUAAGGAGUGGGUAUCUCUGUCUAAGGGAGAGAAGGACAAGCUCCAGCAUCAGAGUGCUGAGGACGGUGAGUUCUGGAUGUCCUUUGAGGACUUCAAGAAGAACUACACCAAGAUUGAGAUCUGCAACCUGACCCCUGACGCCCUGGAGGACGAUAAGAUCCACAAGUGGACGGUGUCCGUGAACGAGGGUCGCUGGGUCAGAGGCUGCUCUGCUGGGGGCUGCAGGAACUACCCAGAUACAUUCUGGACCAACCCUCAGUACCGCCUGCGUCUCCUGGAGGAGGACGAUGACCCAGAGGACAACGAGGUGGCGUGUUCCUUCGUGAUCACUCUGAUGCAGAAGAACAGACGGAAAGAGAGGAAGUUGGGAGCCAAUCUCUUUACCAUCGGAUUUGCCAUCUACGAGGUGCCGAAGGAGAUGCACGGCAACAAGCAGCACAUGCAGAAGGACUUCUUCCUGUUCAACUCGUCCAAGGCUCGCUGCAAGUCCUACAUCAACCUGAGGGAGGUGACCCAGCGCUUCCGUCUGAGCCCCGGAGAGUACGUCAUCAUCCCUUCCACCUACGAGCCUCACCAGGAGGGAGAGUUCAUCCUCAGAAUCUUCUCCGAAAAGAGGAACACCUCAGAGGAGAUCGAGAACAGGAUCGAGGCUGAUCAUCCAGUGCCAGCCCCAGCCAAUGCGGGGGAGGAGAGUGAGGAGGACCAGCAGUUCCGGAGCAUCUUUCUGCAGAUAGCCGGGGAUGAAAUGGAAAUAACCGCCAACGAGCUGAAGAAUGUGCUCAACAGGGUUGUCUCCAAACAUAAUGACCUGAACACAGAGGGUUUUAGCGUGGAGUGCUGCAGGAGCAUGAUCGCACUCAUGGACAUGGACGGGACUGGCAGACUCAACCUGCAGGAGUUCAGACAUCUCUGGAACAAGAUCAAACAGUGGCAGGGAAUCUUUCAACACUAUAACUCGGACCAGGCUGGUAGCAUCAACAGCUACGAGAUGAGAAACGCCGUCAACGAUGCAGGCUUCCGUCUCAACAACCAGCUGUAUGACAUCAUCACCAUGCGUUACGCCAACGAGGGCAUGAACAUCGACUUUGACAGCUUCAUCAGCUGUCUGGUCCGGCUCGAAGCCAUGUUCAGGGCGUUCCAGGCCUUUGACCAGGAUGGGGAUGGUACGAUCAGACUCAGUGUCUUGGAGUGGCUCCAGCUGACCAUGUAUGCCUAGAGAGCCAGAAAGGUCUUCUCGGCCGGUCGGCCUCCCAGGUCUCAGGCUUCUCUAAUUUCCUCUCCUGACCAUGUCCAUUUCCCAGUAUUGCUGAAACAUCAGUGUCUUCUGAGUCGUCCAUGUCUUUUUUUAACACACCCCACUCCUUACAACAUGUACUGUUCUCUCUCUCAGGCAUCAAACACACAUAACCUCUCUUUUUCUGUCACGAUACCUCACAGAACCACUUCUCCAUAACCCAUCAAAUAUCUCUUAAAAUAUUCACCGUUUUAUUUAUCUGGGGAAAAUGUGCCUGUCGUUCUAAGCCUUCACCUGGUUCCCUACUCCUAUCUACUGAAUAGAUUCCCUCAUUAUGCCUACCAUCUUGAACAUCUCCCCUAUACCACCUACCAUCUUGAACAUCUCCCCUAUACCACCUACCAUCCUGAACAUCUCCCCUAUACCACUUACCAUCCUGAACAUCUCCCCUAUACCACCUACCAUCCUGAACAUCUCCCCUAUACCACCUACCAUCCUGAACAUCUCCCCUAUACCACCUACUAUCCUUAACAUCUCCCCUAUACCACCUACCAUCCUGAACAUCUCCCCUAUACCACCUACCAUCCUGAACAUCUCCCCUAUACCACCUACUAUCCUUAACAUCUCCCCUAUACCACCUACCAUCCUGAACAUCUCCCCUAUACCACCUACCAUCCUGAACAUCUCCCCUAUACCACCUACUAUCCUUAACAUCUCCCCUAUACCACCUACCAUCCUGAACAUCUCCCCUAUACCACCUACCAUCCUGAACAUCUCCCCUAUACCACCUACCAUCCUGAACAUCUCCCCUAUACCAUCCUGAACAUCUCCCCUAUACCACUUACCAUCCUGAACAUCUCCCCUAUACCACCUACCAUCCUGAACAUCUCCCCUAUACCACCUACCAUCCUUAACAUCUACCCUAUACCACCUACCAUCCUGAACAUCUCCCCUAUACCAUCCUUAACAUCUCCCCUAUACCACCUACCAUCCUGAACAUCUCCCCUAUACCACCUACCAUCCUGAACAUCUCCCCUAUACCAUCCUUAACAUCUCCCCUAUACCACUUACCAUCCUGAACAUCUCCCCUAUACUGCCUACCAUCCUGAACAUCUCCCCUAUACCACCUACCAUCCUGAACAUCUCCCCUAUACCAUCCUUAACAUUUGGGAUAUCAACCCACCCUGACAUGAUGCGCUGCCAAGCCCCUUCUCGACAUCGCUCCAGUGAAGACCACGGUUCUCUCAUGGCCAUUGGAUGAACUGGAGAUGUUGGAAAAGGACCCGUGCUUCCUCCCUUCAGUCUUGGAACUUUCUGACUCAGCACCGGACUGGUUGGUCCGUGGGAACCGGAAAAAUCUCCCCAUCAGCUCUGAAACACUGGUGUCAGAGAAAUGUCUAUAGAAUCUGCUAAUCUGCCAGUCCUACCAAUGGAUGGACGAGACGCAGAACAGGACAGACAGAACCUGCCAAGAACACUCCUCCUCCUCAACCUCCGCUGUGCGACCAGGAAGAAGCCUCCCUAGCUCCUCCCACCCUCCCCUGUACGACCAGGACCAGGCAGAAGCCUCCCUAGCGACCAGGACCAGGCAGAAGCCUCCCUAGCGACCAGGCAGAAGCCUCCCUAGCCUGUUGAAGAGCUCCCUACAGGGUGGGUUCAACAUGUGGAGUUGUGAAUAUGACUAUGGGUUGGACUUUUUGUGGUUUCCUAUUAAAGUUUUGGUCAAAUGAGAGUAAUGCAUUUUUAAACAUUUUAACACAAUAAAUAAUUGUGUAGUUA